AUGACAAAUAUGAUUUGUUUUUCGUUUAUAAUUUUAACAUUAAUAUCAUCAUUAAUAGCACAAUAUCAAUAUUUUCAUAAUCUAUCAUGGAAUCAUUUAAAUCGACAAAGUUUUAUGGCACCAAUCGAUCUAUAUGCUGGAGUACAUUUACCAAACUACCAUCAUCCAACAGCUCCGUCUAUUGAUACGGUUGUUCCAAUAAAUAAUAACCAGUAUAGGCAUAAUUUAUUGACAACUCGAACUACUUAUUUUUUUCAUCCAAUAUCAACAACAACUAUUCAAACAAAAAAAUAUUAUAAUUAUAGACGACGAAAUCGAACUAAAAUAAUAUCAUUACCGCCACCACCACCACCGUUAGCAAAUCUAAGUCCUCAACAUUUUGGGAUUGUUGUUAAUGUUUAUGAACCAACAGAAAUUAAAAGCACUACUUCAUCAACAACACAAGAUCCAUGGUGGAAAUCAAUUACAACACCAACACAAGAUCCAUGGUGGAAAUCAACUACAACAACAACACAAGAUUCAUGGUGGAAACCAACUACAACACCAACACAAGAUCCAUGGUGGAAAUCAACUACAACAACAACACAAGAUCCAUGGUGGAAAUCAACUACAACAACAACACAAGAUCCAUGGUGGAAAUCAACUACAACACCAACACAAGAUCCAUGGUGGAAAUCAACUACAACAACAACACAAUCAUUCUAUGAACGUUUUCCUAAAUUACCUUCACAAACUAAUAGAUUACCACCGCCAACAGUACCAAGAAGUUUUACAACAUCGACUAGUUUCACCUAUUCAUCAACAAUAAAAACAACUACGAAAACGAUUACUACUGUUUCUACUACUAUUAGUACUACUAUUACCACCACAUUUUCUUCAUCAACAUCUAGUUCAUUUGUGUCUCGUCCACCUAUUCCAUCUAAUUCAUCCUGGUUAUUUACUGUUCCAUCAUUUUCUCAAAUUGUUGAUCAAUAUCCUCGUUAUCCAACGAUUCUUCGUUGGUUUGAAGAACUUUCUCAUCAUCCUAAUAUAUCUCGUUUUUUUGCAUAUGAAAUUGUUGGCCGUACUCAUGAAAAUCGUUCAUUAGUUGUAGCAAAAAUUGGUCUUAUGCCAUUUCGAAAAAAUCGUCGUUCUGUAUGGCUUGAUGGUGGUAUACAUGCAAGAGAAUGGAUUUCGACAGCAACUGUGCUUUAUACAAUUGCACGAAUAAUUAAUGGUACAUUAGCACGUGAUGUUGAUGUAAGAAAAUUAAUUGAUAAAUAUGAUUUUUAUUUUAUGCCUGUUGUUAAUCCUGAUGGUUAUGCAUAUACACAUGAUGACGUAAAGACUAUUUGGGAUACACAAGAACAACAGGAUCAACAACGAAUGUGGCGAAAAAAUCGACGACCACAUAGUGAAUGUCCAGGUGUUGAUUUAAAUCGAAAUUUUCCAUUUGCAUGGGAUAAUCGAGGAACAUCCAAAUUUCCAUGUGAAGAAACAUAUCGUGGACCAUAUCCUGAAUCUGAACCAGAAGUUCGAUCAAUAACAUCAUUUAUAUUACAACGUCGACGUCAUUUUAAUACAUUUAUAACAUUACACGCAUUUGGUAAUCUUUGGAUGUUACCAUUUUCAUUUUCAACACGUAUUCGUCCAUAUGAUUAUUAUCGUGCUGAAGGUUUACUUUUACAAAUGAAUCGUUUAAGUCAAAAUACAUUCAAAAUUGGUCAAUCAUCAACAGUACUCUAUACAGCAACAGGUACAAGUGAAGAUUGGGCUAAAGCUAUAGCACAAAUUCCACAUACAUUUUCAAUUGAACUUCCACCAAGUACUGAUGCAUUUGAUAUGCGUCAAGACGAAUUAAAUGGUUUUACAUUCUAUGCUGAUAAAGAUAUUGGUACAGUAGCUGAGUCAACUUAUCGUUUAUUAGAAUUAUAUCUUAAAAAUUUGGCUAAAUUACAAUAUCCAUCACGAAUAACAAUCUAA